CAUCGAUUUAGUAGUGGGAGCGUCAAUAUAUAAGUGGUGAAUGCUUGAGCUCGAACCAGUUACAAAGAGUUUCUUGAAGCGCAGAAGAGUGUUUUACACGAGUUUAUCAAUUAUUCGUUCUCGAAUUUCACAGCACAUACGUACCAGUAAAUCAUGCAGAUUUUCGUGAAGACUUUGACUGGGAAGACCAUCACCCUUGAGGUUGAGGCAUCUGAUACGAUUGAAAAUGUAAAAGCCAAAAUUCAAGAUAAGGAAGGAAUCCCACCAGAUCAGCAGAGGUUGAUCUUUGCUGGAAAGCAACUUGAAGAUGGACGUACUCUUUCUGAUUACAACAUUCAGAAGGAAUCCACCCUUCAUCUGGUACUCCGUCUCCGUGGUGGAAUGCAGAUAUUCGUCAAGACUCUUACAGGAAAGACCAUCACCCUUGAAGUUGAAGCCUCAGACACGAUUGAAAAUGUAAAAGCCAAAAUUCAAGAUAAGGAAGGAAUCCCACCAGAUCAGCAGAGGUUGAUCUUUGCUGGAAAGCAACUUGAAGAUGGACGUACUCUUUCUGAUUACAACAUUCAGAAGGAAUCCACCCUUCAUCUGGUACUCCGUCUCCGUGGUGGAAUGCAGAUAUUCGUCAAGACUCUUACAGGAAAGACCAUCACCCUUGAAGUUGAAGCCUCAGACACGAUUGAAAAUGUAAAAGCCAAAAUUCAAGAUAAGGAAGGAAUCCCACCAGAUCAGCAGAGGUUGAUCUUUGCUGGAAAGCAACUUGAAGAUGGACGUACUCUUUCUGAUUACAACAUUCAGAAGGAAUCCACCCUUCAUCUGGUACUCCGUCUCCGUGGUGGAAUGCAGAUAUUCGUCAAGACUCUUACAGGAAAGACCAUCACCCUUGAAGUUGAAGCCUCAGACACGAUUGAAAAUGUAAAAGCCAAAAUUCAAGAUAAGGAAGGAAUCCCACCAGAUCAGCAGAGGUUGAUCUUUGCUGGAAAGCAACUUGAAGAUGGACGUACUCUUUCUGAUUACAACAUUCAGAAGGAAUCCACCCUUCAUCUGGUACUCCGUCUCCGUGGUGGAAUGCAGAUAUUCGUCAAGACUCUUACAGGAAAGACCAUCACCCUUGAAGUUGAAGCCUCAGACACGAUUGAAAAUGUAAAAGCCAAAAUUCAAGAUAAGGAAGGAAUCCCACCAGAUCAGCAGAGGUUGAUCUUUGCUGGAAAACAGCUUGAGGAUGGCCGAACAUUAUCUGACUAUAAUAUUCAGAAAGAAUCUACUCUUCAUUUGGUACUCAGGCUUCGUGGUGGAAUGCAGAUCUUUGUUAAAACGUUAACUGGCAAAACGAUCACCCUUGAAGUUGAGGCAUCCGACACGAUAGAAAAUGUGAAGGCUAAAAUUCAAGACAAAGAAGGAAUCCCACCAGACCAGCAGAGGUUGAUCUUUGCUGGAAAGCAACUUGAAGACGGCCGCACUCUUUCUGAUUACAACAUUCAGAAGGAAUCCACCCUUCAUCUGGUACUCCGUCUCCGUGGUGGAAUGCAGAUAUUCGUCAAGACUCUUACAGGAAAGACCAUCACCCUUGAAGUUGAAGCCUCAGACACGAUUGAAAAUGUAAAAGCCAAAAUUCAAGAUAAGGAAGGAAUCCCACCAGAUCAGCAGAGGUUGAUCUUUGCUGGAAAACAGCUUGAGGAUGGCCGAACAUUAUCUGACUACAAUAUUCAGAAAGAAUCUACUCUUCAUUUGGUACUCAGGCUUCGUGGUGGAAUGCAGAUCUUUGUUAAAACGUUAACUGGUAAAACGAUCACCCUUGAAGUUGAGGCGUCUGACACGAUAGAAAAUGUGAAGGCUAAAAUUCAAGACAAAGAGGGAAUCCCACCAGACCAGCAGAGGUUGAUUUUUGCUGGAAAGCAACUUGAAGAUGGACGUACUCUCUCAGACUACAAUAUCCAAAAAGAAUCAACUCUUCACUUAGUUCUUCGACUUAGGGGUGGAAAAUGUUAAUUCCGAAUAAUUUGAUCUCCUUAUUGAUAGGAUUUAAUAAAAAUUAACAGUCUGGAUAGUUAUGAAAUCUUUUUUUACAACUUACAAUUAGACAAUUGAACUUGUGAUAUUUAUAUUGCGCCUCAUCAGCAAAUAAAAGUUUCGUUUAAUAUUA